GUCAAUGUGCAGUUAUCACAAACGUCAAAACAAAGUCCACCGAGUAUCGAAGCGCGAGCCGCGAACUCGACUUGCAUACUAAUAUCUCCCCACCAGCCACCAGCUUUCACCAUGGGCACAGCUAUGUUCGCGCGAGUGACGUUCUAUCCAACACUUUUAUACAAUGUUUUAAUGGAAAAGGUGACCAGUAGACGAUGGUACGAUAGAAUGGACGACACAGUGAUCCUGGGGGCUCUACCGUUUCAGGGAAUGACCAAACAGUUAAUAGAAGAAGAAAACAUAAAAGGAGUUGUGUCAAUGAAUGAGACUUAUGAACUGAAGAUAUUCUCCAAUGAUGCAGAGAAAUGGCGGGAACACGGCGUCGAAUUUUUGCAGCUAGCAACAACUGAUAUAUUUGAAGCUCCGGAUCAAGAGAAAUUAUUUGAAGGUGUCCGUUUUAUCAAUAGAUUCCUCCCUCUAAACAGUAAACUGCAAGGCUUAGAGGAUAAAGGGCGGCAACCGAACUGUGGCACAGUGUAUGUUCACUGCAAAGCGGGUAGGACGAGAAGUGCCACACUCGUGGGAUGUUACCUUAUGAUGCGAAACGGCUGGACACCAAAAGAGGCGGUUGAGUACAUGAGAUCGAGACGGCCACACAUACUUCUACACACUAAGCAGUGGCAGGCGCUAGACAUCUUCCAUAGAAACCAUUGCUCUAAAUCCUGCUAGUUAGCGAAAUAUAGAUUAAAUAACCAUAGAUAAUAGAUAUACUUCGUGAAUGUGAAAAAAUUGAGAAAAAAAAAUUAACAAAAAAUGUUCACCAUCUCUGACAAAGUUACAUGAGUAAUUUUUUAUGUUUUUUUUUUUUAAACUUUAAAAUAUGAUGAGGUAUUUAAAUGAAAAUUAACAAUAUUUUAUUUAUUGUUAUUUAUUUAAUGUAAAAAAAUACAAUGCGUAUUUUUUUUAGACGUAUUAUGUGCAUUAAACACGGGUCAGCAUUAAAAACGUUGUUUUUAUGUAAAUCAUGCAGUUUUCAUUUUUACUAAGUAGGAACCUAUUGAAGGUUAUAAAAUUGUCUUUUUGACACACAAAAUACAAAGAUAAUAAAUUUUUAUAUAGAUUUUUUAUUAGGUUACUGUAGUAAUACUAUUGCAAUAAACUUGCAUUUAUUUACCACAAAUACCUAUAUUUAAAAUAUAAUUUCGUCUAAUAAUUAUAUUUUUAUAGCCCAACAGUUGACGUAGGUAGAAUAAAUAAUUUUUAUAUCAUAAAACGUGAGUCGUUAAAUUGAAUA